UGUUAUAAUUUUUUCUUAUUUUAAUUACAAAAAUGUGAUAGUUUUUAUGUUAUAUUUUGUCCGUAAGAAAGCAGGAUUGCUUUGUUAAUGCAGGCGAUGGGUUUUUUAGAUACUGUAUUUUUCAUUCUGAAUUGGAACCAUAUAAUGUUAAUUCUUCAAGUGUAUUCACGGUGAUGACGAUCAGUGAGUGUACCUAAUAUUGUGUCCUCCCUCUAACGGAGUGACGUCAGUCGUCUCCUCCAUCCUCACCAUGACAACAGCAGAUUUUUAGCAUCGUCACAGGAUAACCACCUCCCUCCUUUUUAAAUUAGGAUUUAAACACAACUGCGUGUAGUUUUGUGUUUUUGUCCUAAAUUGGCUGGGGAUCAUCCUGAUGUGCCUCACAGCAUCAUCAUCACCAUUGGGACAAUCAAGGAGUGUUUAGUGAGCAAACAAGAUGGCGGCCGGGCAGCAUCACCGCUCGCCGCUGUCUCUGCUGCUUCUUCUUUGCUUCCUUCCGCCCGGCCACACGCGAACGUCCGCCAUAUCGGACUUAAAGUCGAAAAUAUCCGGAGUGGAGGAGCUCCUGGAGGAGUUCCGCAAGCAGCUCCAGCAGGACCAAACGUACAGGCCGAGCGAGGUGGCCGACUCGUGUGUGAGCGACUUCGCCUCGGCCCGGGAGAGCAUCAUCCGAGCCAAGGCCUCCAUUGAGCAGGGCGCCACCUUCCUGAUGGCGCCGGACCGAGUGUACACCUGGCGGGACUGUGUUCACGCCUGCUGCUCCCAGCCUCACUGCACCGUGGCGGUGGUCCAGGAGGAGCCGAGGCAGCCCGGGGAGAGCCUCAACUGCUACCUGUUCAAUUGUACCUACAGGAGCCAAAAUGUCUGCUCCUUUGCACCGCAGCCGGGCUUCACCUCCCACAGCCGCCCGGCGAACGCCACGCUGGGGCAACUCGUGCCGGAUUCCCCCGGGGGCUUGGAGCGGAAGACUGGGGAGCUGGAUGAUACACAAGAGGUAGACGAGCCCCCCCGCUGCGACGCCGGACAGGAUGUGAUGAUCCAGCUGCCCACCGACUGGGCUGUUCUGGACGGCCGCGACAGCGUAGACGACCACGAGAUCAGUCGCUAUGACUGGGCUCUGGUCAAGGGGGACACAGGCGUCACUAUGAAGGCUACUCACCCCGGGUUGUUAAAGAUCACCGGUCUCCAGGAAGGCGUCUACACUUUCCAGAUGACUGUUACUGACACGUCGGGCCAAAAGAGCUCAGACAACGUGUCCGUCACCGUGUUGGCACCCAAGCACCAGGCAGAAGUUUGUACGGGACGCUGCUCCAACUACCAGUUCAAAUGUGACGACGGCUGCUGCAUCGACAUCACCUUCGCCUGUGACGGGAAGCAACAUUGUCCCGAUCGCUCCGAUGAAGAUUUCUGUCCAAACUUCGACACCAGCAGGAAGUCGGUGACCCACACCGAGGGUCUGCCCGUAUCCCAACUUGCAGCCACGCGCACUGAGGACAGCUUUAUGGUCCAGACUGGACCCAGCAAGAACACUGAGAACAACAGACCUUCUCAGGAGAGGAGCAAAGGCACACCGCAACCCCGUCAACAACCGGAUACAGCCAGUCAAGACCCGUGUGCCUCUGCUCCAGUAGUAGGACCGUGCAAGGGCACCUUUGCACGCUGGUACUAUGAUCAGGACGCAGGAGAAUGCAAACACUUCCUGUACGGCGGUUGCCAGGGCAACCAUAACAACUUCCUCCAGGAGUCGGACUGCGUCAGUGAAUGUAUACAGAAAAGUCCAGCCUUCAAACCAGCAAGUGUGUCUCCUCCUGUCACCAAACAGACUGACAUAACUUCACAGAGCCAAGAUAGCGACAUCCCGCUGUCCAAACCUGUCAAGGGAGGACAUCCGGGCCCAGAGUCAGGCGCCAUCCUCCCACUGGCACUGGGCCUGAUCAUCACCGCCCUGCUGCUGCUCAUGAUCGGCUGCCGGCUGCGGCUGGUUCGCCACAGGCUGAAGAAAACGCGACCCCUCACCACGGAGGAGUCCGAUUACCUCAUCAACGGUAUGUACCUGUAGCCGCAGCAGACCUGGCAUGUAGGUUGGAGAAAAGACCAUGCCGCUAUGGAGCCUGAGCCUGGACCUUUUUCAGUUUGCACAGUUUUCCCCCGCCCCCCCUGUAGCCUGAUGUCUGUAAUUAUCUCAUCUGAUGCUUGGACUGUUCACUGGAGCCCCGUUUGUCCCCGUUUACGCUGCUCACUGAUUUUUUUCUUUCUCAAGUGACACACAUUGAAUAUAUUUUGCCAGUCCAAACACUCCAAAGUGCUUCAAAUCUGAUAUUUUCGCAUCAGGAAGUAGUCCGAAUUACCUUGCAGAGUGGACGUCUAUGGACUUCUCAGUCAAACACAUCAUCAGCAGCUUUUCCAUAUAUUCAUGGGUAAAUGUCCGCUGUCUAGAUCAGUGGUUCUUAACCUUGUUGGAGGUACCGAACCCCACCAGUUUAAUAUGCGCAUUCACUGAACCCUUUUUUAGUGAAAAAUAAAAUGUUGUUUUUUGUCAAAUUCAAGACAAAGUUAUUUGUUUUUUACUGGUGCACAAAAUGAACUGUGCAUGAACACAGUGCCAAGAAAUUACACACCUGCAAAUCAGUGUGACUUCUGCUGUUGCCGUAUCCGUAAUACGCCGAUAGGGAGAAGUUUUUAUUUCCAUGAUGAGUCGGGUGUGUCUUGACCUCAGCGGCGGAGGCUCCGCCGAACCCCUAGGGUUCGAUCGAACCCAGGUUAAGAACCACUGGUCUAGAUAUUAUUUUGAUAUGAAUAUCAUUCACUUUUUAUUUGCACCACUGUCCUUCCCACUCACUUCCUUCUCUCUCAUGGCUGGAAAACCAAGUUAUGUCCAUGUCUAGCCAAAAGCUAACGCCAGCGAGUAAGACCAGGGGCCGUAUUUAUCAGGCGUCUUAGAAUUACUCCUAAGAAGUCUGCUAAGAGUUGACUUAUGAGUAAAGAAAUUCUUCGUUGAAAGCUGCACUUAAAAGUUAGUUAUCAAGCGUCUUACUCACACUUUCAGCGAAGUGUAGGACUGAAUCUUAAGUGUCACACUCAGAGCUGAAUUACGACAUUACUAUGUGCCGUAAACGGAAUUUUAGGUGACGUCAUUUCUCUGUCCAUAGAAAUGACCAAUCACGGAAGGGAAUCCCUUGUCUAAGAAUAAAGAAAUAUCUUAGAAAUAUUUAAGUGGACAAUAGGAGUGUAUAUUUUGACAAUAAACUACAAAAUAAUACAAAACAAACAAACAAUAUUGGCAAUGAAUCAAAAAUAAAUGUUUCCUUUUCUUUCCAAUUCAUUUUCCCAGUGGCGAGAUAUCGAAGCAUUGUGAUGACCUUUAGUUCUGCUGUGAAAGCUCUGCUGCGUGAUGUUGCUGAUGAGAUGACGCCCCUUAUUAAAUCUGGGACAAAAAUAAUACCCGCUCUGUCUAAACGAUACCGUUUGAUCAUCUGCUCGCCAUCAAACAAAGCCAGGACAUCCUUCCGUUCCCUAAACGUUCACGCACGUCUCUCUCGCCUCAGUGCCAUCCCCCGCUGGCAACUCCUAACCACUUAGGACAGUGUGCCGUGAGAUACAGUCUGGUGUGCCGUGGGAGAUGAUCUAAUUUCACCUAUUUGGGUUGAAAAUAUUUUUUGCAAACUAGUAAUUAUAGUCUGCAAAUGAUGUGUUGUUGUUGAGUGUUUGUGCUGUCUAGAGCUCGGCAGAGUAACCGUGUAAUACUCUUCCAUAUCAGUAGGUGGCAGCAGGUAGCUAAUUGCUUUGUAGAUGUGGGAAACAGCGGGAGGCAGGGUGAAGGUAAAAAGGUGUCUAAUGCUUAAACCAAAAAUAAACAAAAGGUGAGUGCCCUUAAGAAAAGGCAUUGAAGCUUAGGGAAGGCUAUGCAGAACGAAACUAAAACUGAACUGGAUACAAAUUUAACAAAAACAGAAUGCUGGAGGACAGCAAAGACUUACUGUGGAGCAAAGACGGCGUCCUCAAUGUACAUCCGAACAUGACAUGACAAUCAACAAUGUCCCCACAAAGAAGGAUAAAAACAACUGAAAUAUUAUUGAUUGCUAAAACAAAGUAGAUGCGGGAAAUAUCGCUCAAAGGAAGACAUGAAACUGCUACAGGAAAAUACCAAAAAAAGAGAAAAAGCCACCAAAAUAGGAGCGCAAGACAAGAAGUAAAACACUACACACAGGAAAACAGCAAAAAAGUCCAAAUAAGUCAGGGUGUGAUGUGACAGGUGGUGACAGUACACCUACUUUGAGACAAGAGCUAUAGUGAUGCAUGCUUGGUUAUGCUUUAAAGUCAUACCCAACAAUUGCGACAACGACUUUUUACUGUCAACUGAGUUUUGUUUUUUAAUGAUUACUGCUGGUGGUGUGCCUCCGCAUUUUUUCAACGCAAAAAAUGUGCUUUGGCUCAAAAAAAGUUGAAAAACACUGACUUAGGACACCUCUGAAGGUCUCUUAAAUAUAGAGUAGGAGUGAUUCUUAAACUUAAGAAAGUUGAUAAAUAGCUUUUAUUCUUAAGUUUGAGAGUAGGACUAAAUUUCGCAAAAUCUCAGGACUUAAGUGUAAAAUGGCACUCUAAGACGCUUGAUAAAUACGGCCCCUGAUGUUUUAGGCAGAUCUUCCGAGGUUCUCUGUGGCAUUUGCUAUACCAACUAAUGGCGGGGAUGCUUGUAACUCGGAAUUUUGCUUGAACCUUAAAAGCGUACCAUUUAGCCAAAAGACAGCUCUAACCUCAAAACACUCUUAAGUUGAAGUAACACUGUAUAUUUAGAACUGGCGCUUUUUCUGAGGAUAUUUUCUUAUGUCACAAACAAAACGGGCUCUUAUGCUCUGGCGGACCAGGCGCGUUGUACUGUAAUGUGUGUAUGUGCCACGGUGAAUACGUAGCGCCAGGUCUAACUGCAGCGGUCCGAACGUAUUCCUGGCAGGCCACCACAAAUAAACGUAUGCACAGGAAACAUGGAAUAAAUGAGGCAUGCGGUUCAAUUCCGGUUUUUGGGGUGACUCAAUUCAGAACCAAUUCUCGAUUCAACACGAUUUUCGCAACAAGAUAAUAUUUCAAAUAUUAUUUGGUAUGGAAAUGAUAAUAAAACAUUUUCAAAACAGGUUGAUAAUGCAUACGCGCAGUGAGUAAUUGCCUAAAAAGUGUAUUUUUAAAAAUGAGUCCUUACAAAUUUUAUUUUUAUUUUUUAAUGUGUUUUUUUAAUUCGGAAUUGAUUUAAAAUCGGAUAAAUAAGAAUCGCGAUUUGAAUAUGAAUCGAUUUUUUGAACACCCCUAGGAUAUAUUAAAAAACUAAUACAAGUUUUUACAAUUUUUUUUGUAAAAUAUCUAAUUUUUAAAAACAGGUACUAUUUACAUAACCGAAUAGACAUUUUUUGUUUUCAAAUCUGAAGUAUGAAUUUGUUCCAAUAAAGUGAGAAAAUCCUGGAUUAAUUGACCCAAGUGACCUAAACGUGUUGUCCAUGUAGUGUCAAAGUUAUAUCGGGAAAUAAAUCUUGAUACAUUUGCACUCAAAGUGAUUCAACCCCAUCAUAAAUUACUUUCAGCAGCUGGAAAAUUUUCGCAACAUUAUUUUUGUUGUUCAUUUUUUGUUGUUUUGUGGCAAGUUGUAUGUAUAAUGAUCACUGAAAAUGUACAUUUACUGACUAGUACAGGCGUCGGCAACCCAAAAUGUUGAAAGAGCCAUAUUGGACCAAAAAAACAAAAAAAAUAUUAGCCUGGAGCCGCAAAAAAUGUAAAGCCUUAUAUAAGUGUUAUAAUGAAGGCAACACAUGAUGUAAGUGUCUAUAUUAGCUAUAUUAGACUACUAUCAAAAUGACUAUGUGUCGCAGGCUGAUGCAAAUCUUCGUUGACAGAAAUGUUGAAAUGUAACAUUUAUUAUACACAUUUUUACAACAUUGAAAAACAUUACUAAAAUGGAGGCUUUUCAGGGGGUGUGAUAGCUCCUGGAAAUGACUGGCCUAGAAUGGCCAAAGGUAAAGUUGUGUGUGUUCAAGUUGAAGGAAACGGAAACUACAAAUAAAAUGAGCUCAAAUACACCUAAAAUACGAGGCAUAAUGAUGCAUUAUGUACAUACAGCUAGCAUAAAUAACAUGUUAGCAAAUAUGCCUGAUUAGCACUCCACACAAGUCAAUAACAUCAACAAAGCUCACCUUUGUGGAUUCACGCACAGUAUAAAACAUUUGGUGGACAAAAUGAGGCAAAGGUCUUUCUGUGGCAGCAUCAAGGAAACAAACUGCGGCGCGUUCAAGGACUUCCGAAAUUAGGACAAAAUGGCGCCUGUGAAGCAUGUUUAAUGUAAACAGUGGGAUUUCUAACAAUUAGGAAGGUUUGUGUCAUGUUUGUCCUCCUGCAGAAACCAUAUUAAAACAAAAACUUUUUUUUUUUUCCUCAUCUUUUUCCAUUUUCUUACAUUUUUGAAAAAGCUCCAGGGAGCCACUAGGGUGGCGCUAAAGAGCCGCUUGUGGCUCGAAAACCGCGCAUUGCCCACCCCCGAACUACACAUAUAUAGAGAGUACAGUAGAAAUGAAAGGCUAUUUUAUUGUCAUGUUUUUUGUUAUAGUCUUUAAACAUUGCUCCUUCUGAGCACACGUUUCCGCAAACGCACUGUGCCAAAAAAACACAUGGAUGACCUGUGGAUAGAAAUGUAAAUACCAUACACUUCCAUACUGUAUACAGGCAAUAUUUUUUUCUUGCUGAAACAUAAGCCAUAUAGCUGUGGUCAUGUAGUACUCCUGGCCUGUUCUCAUAUUGCAAAGCAUCAUGGGUAUGUACGAUCAAUGAAGUCAUGUAUCCCUUCAUCUGAGAUUAAAGAUGUUUAUAGAAAAGGAUCAAUGGGAAGUUGACCAGUGGAAUCAUUUUGUUGUUUUUCUUAAGCUCCGCCUUUGAUUAUUGAUUACAACUGGAAACGUUAAAGAAAAAAAAUUUGGAAAAUUGUGGUUAUUUUAACGACACACACAUGCUGGUGAUACAUCAACACGUCUAAGGUAGGAGUUUCAUUAUAGCUUCUUGAGGGACAAUACUCGGAUAUACUUUAGAGUAGUCUGUGUACAGCUUAUAUGGCAGUAUAGAUGUACUACUUAGUGAAAAUAGCUGGCCACACUAUUGAGUUGUGUACGAGGGAUGCAUGAAUGCUGCCGGCACUGGGGAGCUGCGGUUUCAGAACAGUCUAUACUGCUGCACAAGUUGUACAUUGACUACUCUAAAAGGAACGUUCACCAACAAGUCCAUUUGGUCAAGUGCUGUAAACCCAGGACCUGUCUUGGUGCGCUCGCAAAUGGACUUUAGCUAGACUCUGGGUCAAAACUUGCACACGUCCAUACUUAACGCUUCUUUGCAUUCUGAGUGCAUGAGUAAAUGCACUCGUGCAGCUUUUAAUGGAAGCGUGUGCGUACUGGUGGUCACUGGCAAUGAAUCACCACGCAAACAGUCUGUGUAGUUAGCAACACAACUGAGCAUCAAAUGUGUCUUGUCUAACGGCGGUGGCACUCUGAGGCUGCAUGAGUGCUGUCCAAAAUGGGGAAUUGCGGUUCACUGAGAGAAAUGGCUCAAUUCCACCAUGUACUCUGAUUAGUAAAUGUGCUCUAUACUGCUAUACAAGCUGUACACACCUUGAAAAGUAGUUACCAAAUAAUCCAAUGAGAAAAACAUGAGUGCCGCAUUAAUUGGGGAGUUGUGGUUCAGUAAGAGAAAUGACUCAAUUCUACCAUGCACUCUGAUUAGUAAAUGUGCUAUGGACUGCUAAAAAGCUGAACACAGACUACUCAAGUAUUUGUACACUUUGAGAAGUAAUAAAUGACCAAAUAAUCCAAUGAUAAAACAUGGGUGCCGCAUGAAAUGGGGAGUUGCGGUUCACUGAGAGAAAUUACUGAAUUAUUAUGUGCUAUACACUGUUAUACAAGCUGUGAACACUUUGAGAAGUAUUUACUGAAAACUCCAAUGAUAAAACAUGAGUGCUGCCUGAAAUAGGGAGUUGCGGUUCAGUGAGAGAAAUUACUGAAUUCAGCCAUGUACUCUGAUUAGUAAAUGUGUUCUAUACUGUUAUAAAAGCUGUACACACAUUGAAAAGUAGUUGCCAAAUAAACCAAUGAUAUAACAUGAGUGCUGCUUUUAAAUGGGGAGUUGCGGUUCAGUGAAAUAAAUUACUCAUUGCCACUAUGUACUCUGUAUAGUACCAGUGUUGGGACUAACGCGUUACAAAGUAAGGCGUUAUUGUAACGCCGUUAGUUUCGGCGGUAACUAGUAAUCUAACGCGUUAUUUUUUAUAUUCAGUAACUCAGUUACCGUUACUACAUGAUGCGUUACUGCGUUAUUUUACGUUACUUUUGAUGUAGUAUCGGCUAGAAACAGAAGCGCUGCGGUGUCGUUCUUCUGAAUCUUCCUCUGUCACAAGCCAGAGAGAAGAAAAGAGGCGCGGUCUAUGUGUGUGUCUGGGUGUGGGUGUGGGGAGGGGAGGCACACACGUGAUCCGCGGUUUGAUAUAUGAAACAAAAAACAAAAAAGUUGUUGCACGUUCAGUCCACACACAGCGUGGUCAUGGCGAGCGGAGUAAUGGAGGAGCUUGAACGCCCCGCACCAUUGAAUCGGUGUGUUUAUAGGUGCAGACUCGGUUGUGCAAAACGAGGGUUUUAAACACAUGCUGAAUGUGCUUGAGUCACGUUACGACAUCCCGUCGCGCACCCACUUCAGCGAUAAGAUUGUGCCAGAUCUUUAUGAGCAGGAGAAGAAAAAAGUUGUGAAUGAACUAUCCCGAGCAUCAUCUGUUGCGCUCAUGACAGACGGGUGGACGUCCAGAGGAACUAUAAGCGCUCACUUCAUCACAGCAGACUGGGAGAUGAGAAGACACGCCCCCUCUACGAGAGUCACCUUGCGCAGGUACUGACACAAGCAGCGGAGGAAUGGAAGAUAAAGAGAUCCCAGUCACACGUGAUAAUGCCAAAAAUCAAAUAAUUACAGUGAAUGAGGCAGGACUGGGACCACAGAUAGGUGCUUUGCACAUGUAGUGAAUUUGGCAUCACAGAAGGGAAUCUCAGUCAAUAGGAUGGAGCGCCUCCUUGGGAGGAUCAGGAAGGUUUCCUACUUCCACCCAAGCACAACAGCUGCUCAUGUGCUUAAGACAAAGCAAGAAAUGCUAAAGCUGCCUGCUCAUACAUGAUGUCCCAACGAGGUGGAACUCCACUUAUGAUAUGUUGGAGCAGCAGGCAGCUAUAUACUCUGCAUUGACCCACAACACCCUGAAGACAAAUGUCACCCUGUCUGAUGAUGAUGUGAGAGUGGCAGAGGAGGUCCUCCAGGUGCUUAAACCCCUCAAAAGUGUUCCAUCUCUACUGAGCACUGAAACAUCACCAUCUGUGUCAAUGAUCCUGCCACUGAAAACAAGUAUUCUACAAUCCAUGGCUCCAAGU